GUCAAGGAAUAAAAGCUGCAAAACAGAUGAUAAAAUAAUUUCAAGUUCUUCAGACUCUUCUUCCAGCAUUCACAGGAGUCAAAGCCUUGAGGUCAUAUCCCCAAGGUCCCCAAUGGAUUCUUCUGUUUCUCCCAUUUUCCAGAUAAAACAAAAUCCCCUUUCUCACUCCGAUGACAACAUUAAUUUCUCCAAGAAAAAAACUGGGAUGCAACUCUCUUCCAAAUCUUCAAACACAGGAGAGAUUUCAAAACUUGAGAAUUUGCAAUCAAGAAAAUCAUUUCAUGUCAUCACAGAUAAAACAUCACAGAAAACAAUGACGGUUAAACCUUUCAGUGGCAAGGCUCGAGUUCUAGUCUCCACUGAGUUUGAAAACUGGGUUAGCGGUGCAAAUAAUUUGUCAACCA